AUGGAGCAACUCCUCUCAACGAGAAACAGAGGGCGACAGCACAAGCUGGACCUUUGCCAGACUUUCCCAGGCAUGCUGUCGGAUCGAGGCUUGCUAGCAGCUGUAUUUCUGAACUUUCUGGAGGAGCAAAGGACAGGGCAGGAGGUGGGGCUGGUGGUUAAUCUAAGCUCUCCGCUGGGAAAGGAGUCUUUGGAAUUCAUCCCCCGGGGCUGGGAAACAUCAGCUCUGUGUACCAGUCCAGUGGCCACAGCAAACAAAGGGUCAAAUGAUAAAUCUCAGUCCCCGGAGGGAGACUUUUUAAAGUACUUUAAAGUUUUUAAAGUAAGGAGACUAAAACCAGACACAGUAGAUACAAAGAGAAAUAAUGGACAUUACAUUUCUGUGGAUACAUCUUACGAGGGUGAGAAAGCAGUGCUGUCCAGCCCUGAGCUGUACUCCGAGGAGUGGAGCUGUGUCAGACUGAUUUAUCAGAUAGCAACGACUUCAGAGGCUUCGCUGGAUCCCACCAGGCUCAACCUCUACCUGAGGCAGGAAGGAGAGAGCUUCGAUCGUUUGCUGUGGUCAGCCAAGGAGCCUUCGGACAGCUGGCUCAUAGCUAGCUUAGAUUUAAUGAACAGCACAAAGAAGUACAGGAUUGUACUGGAAGGUGAAAUGGGACAAGAUAAAUCAGCCAGUAUAGCAGUUUUUGAAAUUAAAAUAACUCCUGGAUAUUGUAUCGAAUGUGACUUCGAAGAAAAUCAUCUUUGUGGCUUCAUGAACCGCUGGAACCCCAACGUCAACUGGUUUGUUGGUGGAGGGAACAUUCGUAAUUCUCAGUCUAUCCUGCCCAAAGACCACACACUUAACAGUGAACUGGGUCACUACAUGUAUGUGGACUCUGUUUACGUCAAACAUUUUCAGGAAGUUGCCCAGCUAAUCUCACCGAAGACCACAGCCCCAAUGUCUGGCUGCUUAUCUUUUUAUUACCAACUUAAGCAGGAGAGUAGCAUUGUUUUUACCGUUUACUUGAGAGACACGAGUGGCUUUUAUGAAGAGAUCUGGAAAACAGACAGCGCACUGAGCGCGGACUGGGCACUAGCGGAAGUUGACUUCAAUGCGCCAUACCCCAUGGAGGUAAUAUUUGAAGUUGCUUUCAAUAGCGCCAAAGGAGGUUACGUUGCCCUUGAUGACAUUUCUUUCUCUCCAGUUUACUGCAGCAAUCAGACAGGAACUCCUUUCAAUCCUGCCCAGGCAGGCUGCAAUUUUGAGGAAGAUCUGUGUAAUUUUUACCAGGAUCACAAAGACGGCCCAGGAUGGAGCAGAGUGAAAGUGAAGCGUAAUGUGUAUAGAGCAGGAGAUCACACUACUGGGUUUGGUUAUUACUUGUUGGCGAACACAAAGUUUACGUCACAGCCUGGGUACAUUGGACGUCUGUAUGGCCCGACCCUGCCAGGAAACUUGCAGUUUUGUCUGCGUUUUUAUUAUGCCUUAUAUGGGUUUUUCAAAAUGAGUGGUACUCUUGCUGUUUAUAUCUUUGAGGAGAAUCAUGUCGUUCAAGAGAAAAUCUGGUCCGUCUUGGACUCUCCAAAGGGAGUUUGGACUGAAGCUGAAAUCUCCUUCAAAAAGCCUAUGCCUUGCAAGGUUGUCUUUGUCAGCUGGUGUAAAAGCUUCUGGGACUGUGGACUUGUGGCACUGGAUGACAUAUCAUUGAGCCUGGGAAGCUGCCAGGCUGCUGAUCUAUCGCUGCCCAAUCCUGGAGAGUGUACUUUUGAAAAAGAUGAGUGUGUUUUUACUCAGAAGAAGAGAGGUCGUGGGAGUUGGCACAGGAGGAGGGGUCCGACUCCGACUUCUUACACUGGACCGAAAGGAGACCACACUACUGGGGUAGGUGAGUUAAGCUCCGCAUUGCACUUUCAGAACGGAUAUUGAUAGUUAAUCAAAAAUACUUUGAAAUUAUAACUUAGAACACUGAGAAAGUUUUUACUGUUCUGUUCAGAACAGUUAUUGAUCAAAUGAAGUAAGCACGUUUUUUAGAGACCCACGGAUGGUUUUCAGAAUGUGAUGUUUAAUCUGAAUUAUCUGCAGACCAAGUGGGUAAUUCGUCUUCAUGUCCUAAA